AUGCCGAUGGACAAGACAAGACAGACUCUGCCAGGCCAGGCCCAGCAUUCCCCAAACUCCUCAGCCUCCUCUGCUGCCCUCUGCCCCACUUUGAGCCAUGACCAGUACUGGCUAGAGGAGCUGAUAGGCCCCUUAUCCAGCAGGUCCUCCCCUAGCCUGCCAUCCAGCCCCAGCAUCCCAAGCAGCAGUCCAGGAGGCAGCAGGAGCAGCAGCGAAUGCACUGACAGCCAGCACAGCUGGAGCUCCGGGGCGACCUGUUUCCUGCACAGCUCCAUCAAGAGGCAAAUCCAGGAAGCCUUCCACACUCGACUGAGAAAAGAGAAGAGGCAAGGGAAGCCAGCAUUCUGGCUAGCUAGAGGGCUUCAUGGCAGAGCUCACCCAUGGGCGAAGCAGGGAGGAGGCAGCAACCAUGGCAAGCUCCACGCGUGGCCAGAGAGGGGUGGAGUGUGUCAAGGGAGGGGCUCCCCACAGCACCACGCCAAAGCUAAAAACUCCAAACUGCAGUGGCUGCUGGAGGAGAAGAUCAAAGCCAAGCUGAAGUUCUCACAGUUCCUAGACGAGGUGACGUACAGCGUGCUCAAUCCAAACAGCCUGCAGGCAUUUGGGAUCUCUCCCACGCCCAAAAGGGCCAGCUGCCAGAGCUGCAGCCACUAUUCUGUCCCCACCGCCACCACCACCAUCACCACUGCCAGCACCCCAGCCAAGCCUGACGACAAGAUCCAAGUGGUGCGCUGGAGGAGCCCGAGUCUGCCCAGCUCCAUGGCCCAGCAGCAGGACACUUUAACCGUGGAUAAGAAUCAGGAGGAGCAGACUCUCCUAGAGCCAGUGCAGAAAUCCUAUCUAGAAACAGAUAUUGACAGCGUGAGGAGUGAGGACGAGCUGAAGCACCGUCACACACAAGCAGAGGUGCCGCCACUGCUGGAGAUAGAUGAGAAGAAAGUGAUACCGCCUCCUCCGGAGUUCUGUCAAGGGUCUAUAUUUGAGAUGAAGAGCUCCUUUCCUGUAGUUCACUGGAACUCGGGCCUCUCCAGAUACCCUUACAGAUCUGUUUCUCUGCCCAGGGGCAUCAACAUGGUGCCUGAUGAGGAGAUGAACAACAUAGACACUAUCAGCUCAUUGCAGGAGCAGAAGGAGGACCUGCGGAAGCGUCUCUCCUACACGACACACAAGCUGGAGCUGCUGGAGAGUGAAUUUGACUCCACUCGGCAGUACCUGGAGACAGAGCUGCGCCGUGCACAGGAGGAACUGGACAAGUUCACUGAUAAACUCCGCAGAAUACAAAGCAGCUACUCAGCACUGCAGAGGAUCAACCAAGAUCUGGAGGAAAAGAUCCACAGAAAUUCCCAGCACCAUGAUGAUGAAAAGAGAGCUCUGAGCAGGGAGAUCAUCGUUCUCAACAACCACUUGAUGGAGGCUAAACUCACCAUCGAGAAACUACGAGAGGACAAUGACCUGUACAGGAAGGACUGUAACCUGGCUGCUCAGCUUCUCCAGUGCAAUAAGUCGCUCUACAGGGCCCAGCUCUCUGAGCUUCCCGCUGAUUUUCAGCAGCGAGUGACCAUGCACUUGGAAGAGUCUCCUCUCUGCCACACGUCCUACUCCGACUCUGUCCCUGCCUCUCUCAUUGCCAAGGUGCUGGAGAAGCCAGAUGAAGCCUGCAGCAGCAGCCAAGCCUCCCGCUCCCCUAGUCCCCAAACCCAGGACCAUGGCUUUCUCCUCGACAGCAUGGCUACGGGGGAGCGCCUGGGCCUCCGGGCUGCCUACAAAUCUGACCUGUACAGCAGUGACACGGCCCUGUACUGCCCUGAUGACAGGCACCGUGAACGGAGGCCAAGCAUGGACCUUCACGGCCAGAGGAAGCUGGUGUACGGGCCACAGAACUCCACGGACAGCAACCCGGAAGAGGGCUCAGAGGGACUGAGGCUUGGCUUCUCCCAGGAACACUUUGCCAAGUUCCAGGCCACACUUGGUGCAGGCUCCAGCUCCUACUCCAGCUUCAGUGGAGGUGGGUCUGAGGACAAAGGCAAUGGCCCACCCAGCAGUACAGCUUCCUCCCCACACCAUCACUCCCUCUACAUGGAAUGGAGGGAUGCAGGAGAUUAUGAGAGAAAGAGUGACUCAUCCUGGGAGCGGGACAGUCCAAGGGGCUUUGCCAAUGCUCAUCCCUUUCAGCAGGCUGAGCUGAGCCACCACCAGAAUGGCAGCUCCCCUGUCUACAGUCGCACCAUGUCCUCCUGUUUCAGUGAGCCCUAUGAGCCCCUCCCUCCCUCCUCCUCCCCCAGCGUCGCCUAUGGAGACAGUCGUCGUGGCAGCACAUUAGCACCUGAGGAAGAGGAACUGAUUGGCAGGUGGAGACAGCUGAGCGUGGAGGACUUAAGUGCCCACUCCUACCGCAGCCCUGGCCGGGCUUCACCCUACAGCUUCUCAGAGCAACAUUUCUCUGUUCGACCCGCUAAGAUCCGACUGGGGCCGCUCUACAGCAGCUUCCAGGAAGGAGCUGACUACUACCAUCAUGGAGUGGGUGUCAUGGACCCAGUGUGGGUGGCUGCCAGCCCCAGCCCCGAAUGCAGCCCAGGGCUGCGGCAGGCCCACAGCCAGGCCCACCUGUACCGCACCAAGGAGGACAGCCAGGAGUCGGAGCACAGCCUCUACCACUCAGGGAGCUCCAAAGACAGGGAGGGCAGUGUGGCAGCUGGUGGACAUAGCAAAGAUUAUGUGGAUCCCAGCCCCAACAGCUCCACUGAGUCUCUGAACCAGAGGUCCCUGGAGAUGGCCGCAGACCUGCAGCACUAUCAAGUGGAGAUGCAUAGUUUACCUGCACAGGUGAGCCAGCCACCACCACCACCCCCGCCCCCUCCUCCUCCUCCGUACAACCAAAAAUUUGGCUCCCUGGGACUUUCCAGAAAGGACAGUCUGACCAAGGCCCAGCUGUAUGGAACACUUCUGAACUAAGAGACUUUCCAAUCAGGUAUAUUCUUUGAUAGGCUAUAACAUGCAAGGCCCUGGUAAGUCCAGCUACAGCUUCUCAUAGCACGAUGACUAGUAGAAAUCAUGUAUUUAUGUACAUGUAUCAUGUAUUUAUUGCUGAUAUUUUCAAAGGCUUUGAUUGUAAGGCAAAGGAUGACAAUGGUUUUCAUGGCAACAGUGAAUGUCUGAAACAAGUGAGUCAUGCCAAAAUAAUUAGGGCAGUAGAUAAAGAUUAAAGCUCUCAGAGCCUUGACGGUUUGUAAGAAUGUAUAUGUAUUUAAAUUUCAAAUGUAUAAAUAUAUACUUGAUCUUUAAAAAUUGAGUGAUAUAUUUUGUAUGUAGCUGUUAGAAAGAAAAACAUCUGGAACAAUCAAUCAAAUGCAAAUCUUCUUAAUGAACCUGGAACUUGUAUAUAAAUUGAAAUGAGAGAAACUGCCAAACCUAUAUGAGAGAACUCAGAGAUGUAUUUUAAUUGAGAUAUGAUGCCUGUAUGAACUGCACAGAGUUGUUUCAGUCAUUUUUUUAAUCAUAGGCUGAAACAGUGUUGGCCUUGUGAAGAUGUAAGUGUGAAUGUUUAACACAGGAAGACAAUGCGGAGCAAAUGAAUGACUUAAAUGAACGUUGAGAAGCCUAAGUUUUGUUUUUCUUCCUUCAGCUGAAUUUGAAACUAUUGAUGGGUGUGCUAUUUUGUUAUUGAUGGAAACUUUUGAAAUGUAAACAUCUGUUUUUGCAGUCAAUAUUAUUUUAUUUUUUUCUCUAUAUCCCAUGGAGAGAUUUCCCUGCCCCAUUCUACCUCAAAUUUGGAUGCCCAGACCCCAUCAAGCCACUGCAACCCUGUUUCUAUGACAACAAUGCAUGUUUAUAUAUUUCUGUUGUUUUGUUCGCCUAAUAAAGCACAAAUUAUGCAUAUAUGCUUCAAGCUUUGCUCGAGUG